AUUUCGCUGAGCGGUGUUAUGGUGGAAGACACUGUUGUCUACAUUAUCACAGUUCUCUCUCCGCUGUGUGUAACAAAUUCUUGUUUUGUCGGACAUAUUCGCAGUCGACAGUGAACGAUCGAGUCAUGUACAUUGCAGUGUCGAGGUGAUUUGUACGAUGUUUAUUUCCUGUGUACACAACAAUCCCCAGUCGGCCACGUGAGAGACAACAGAUCACAACAGUUAUAAAUCGGCCUCGUGGACCGUGUUUGGUCUCUCGAGUAGUAACCAUUCAGAGUUUCUCGUCUCGGAGCAAUUUACAAAUAAACUCAGACUUCCACGGUGGACAUUAGCCCUACGGAUCUAGCACACAUUUAGAUGUCUAAUGCUAAAUCACCACACAUCGUGACCAAAAUGACGAACGGUUCGGAGGAAUGCUCGGCCGUCGUGAAUGGAGUCACAAUGCAGCAAACCGGAAAUGACCAAACCGGAAAUGGUUCCAUGUUUGGCAAUAAUGUGAAGGCAUGCGCAGGAUGUGGUGGACGGAUACUUGACCGUUUCCUGCUUCAUGCCAUGGACAGAUACUGGCAUACAGGCUGCUUAAAGUGUUCCUGUUGUCAGACCAAGCUAGAACAUCUUGGCUCUUGUUUCUCACGGUCUGGAAUGAUCCUGUGCAAGAACGAUUAUAUUCGGUUAUUUGGUUCAAGUGGGUCAUGUUCGGCGUGCGGUCAGAGUAUUCCGGCCAGUGAGUUUGUAAUGAAAGCACAAGGAAAUGUAUACCAUGUCAAGUGCUUCAAGUGUGUCACGUGUCACAACCAGCUUUCCACUGGCGACCGGUUCAGUAUUUUCAAUGGAGGACUAUUGUGUGAACAGGACUAUCCAAAAGUUAUGAAAGGUCACGUGAUGGGAUCCGCUAGGGGGAGCCACAAGGUAUGCUGAAUCUGAGGCAAUCAUAAUGACGUCACUCUGAGGACUUAUUCAAAUCAAUUCGCUCAACGUUAUAAAGGAACUAGUAUAUAAAAAAAUCUUUAUGCUGUUUAGAGACGAAAUUCUGAUUUUCGCCGUGCUUGUUAAUGACCAAGUGGUGAGGUACACGGAACACGGAUUGAACAUGUGGAGAUUGUGUAGAGACUUCCGGUAUGGGACCAAUUGAUGACGACUGUCGAUAUCAAGGGAUAGUGACAGUAUUGCCGUGAUCCUGUUCGACUUUCUGUAAUACUGGCAUAGCCUGCACGUUUCACUUCUAGUCGUAGUUGACAUAACGAGACUUGCUGAAGAAAUCACGUGAUAUACCUUGUGACAAAUCAUGUGACUUGAAAUUGUAAAAGUAGUGUUUUCGACCUACUUUACAAUAAUGCAUGCCUUCGCCGUCAUACUGGUGUUCGUUUGUUAUUGAAAUAAGUGUUAAAUCAAAGACAUACUUUUAUCUUGAAAUCUCAUCAGUGUACUUUAAUUGACUUUUAACUGGUCAAAGAAUGGACGUUGUGGGUACAUUACAACAAAAACACUUUUCAUUUAUCAGACCAGUGUUCUGAUCCAUGUAAGGAGAUUCAUGGUUUCAGAAUAUUUCCAUGGAAACGUGGAAACAAGUCACGAGUAUGAUCUUCAUAUUCCUUGCCAGAAUAUGGCAUGCUGUUUUAAUAUUCAAAUGUAGUUAAAUGAUAAAUCCGCACGAGACUGGGUACAUACAGUAUGGUAGGUGUGUAAAUUAUUGGAUGACAACCAUGUCGCACGAUUGUUAUAUAAUACAACAUUUCAGUAUAUACUAGGACGGAUAUAAAAAGUGGUUUGUUUAUGAAGAUUUCUUACCAAAUCUUUAUUCUUUGUGGCCUAUACAUCCAAAACAUAUUUGGAAUUGCAACAUCCUACAUACACACUAAAUCUUGUUCAAAUUACAUGUACACGUUUUUCGGAACUCUAGUGCUUUCAUUCAAAGGGUGUGUAACUGUGUAACAGGUUUGUAAAUGCUAACCGUUAUUGCUCACCCCGUAACCACGGAUAUUUGUAACACCCAGUAUUGUAACCCUACCCACAAAUGUUACUGUUACACUACUGGGCACAUUAAGUGUGUCCUAAAUAUUCAAAAUCGCUUUUAUCGUCUAAUUGUUUCUUCUCGUAGAAACUAGUGGUCUCGCUUUUUUACGAGGAGGACCUGAAACAUUGCGGUUUCUUAUUUUUAAAAAAAAAUUAAAUAUCUCAAAUCAAAACAGAAUUUUUUAAAAGCAACAAAGAAAUUGUUCGCGGCUCCUCUCGGUUUUUCAUUUCUACAAGAGUUAAUUAUAUGUAUGUUAAAAGUGGGUUACUGGAGUAACUGUUAUCAAAAGAGGAUAUUUCCUUAUAUGUCUAUCUUAACUGUCUUAAGUGUUGGGCAGUGCCUUUAAUAGGUACCGGCUGAUAUAUCCCGAGUGUUUUUUUUCCUUCGGAACGCUGUUACGCAUGCUUGUACAAGUAUCAUUUAUCAGUUUGCAUAAUGGAAAUGCAAAUAUAUGUGAUUUUGUUCAUUAUAAUAGAUAAUGACUCGGGCGGUUUUAACUUGUUAAACACGUGUUGUGAAGAACACGUGCACGUGUUGUAUGUGUCUGUAUAAUACAUACGAGUACAGCCGCUUCACUUACUAUACUUACAUAUAUGUACAUGAUCGAUAAUUGUUUUGAUGAUAUGUUAUGGAACAUUGUGAUGUGAAUUAUGUUACGUAAGAAAGAUGUGCUGUGAAA